UGAGGAGCGGCUCGGGCGGCCGGAGAAGGCGCAGGAGGAAGAGGCGGAGGAAGAGGAGGGGAAUCGCCGCUCCCCAAACACUCUGCGAGGGGCUGUGCGCGGCGCUCGGCCCUCGGACGCCCGCCGCCGGGAGUCCGGACCUGGGCUGCCCGCGGCCCCUCUUCCCGCUCCCCCGCCCGCGCGGACGAGGAACAAAGUUGCGGAGAGCGCCUGGGCCGGAGGGCUGCAGCCCGGGCCGGCUGCUCUGGCCGCGGCGGCGCGGGCGCCGGGGCAGCUCCGCUGCGGGCGCGCUGAUGGGGGCAGGCGGCGGCGGCGGAGCCCACGGCGGCGGCCCGAGCAGCAGAGGCGGCGGCGGCGGUGGCGCGGCGGCCCGAGGGGAUGCAGCAGCAGUCGGGAGGGACGGCCGAUCGCAGUAGACGGAGCCCAGGAGCGGCGGCGACGGCGGCCGAGGCGACCGGGCUUCGCAGCGCCCGUACCUGAGCGAGACCCACCCGGUCCGUCCUCGCGAUCGGCGGCCGCGGCGCCCAAGUGCCCGAGGACUGGGGACGCGGGAGACCCGAGCGCUUCCCGGAGACCCCUGGGCGGCGGCGCGAGCCCCUGAGAGGAGGGGGCGACCCUCGGCGAAGCGGGGAGAGGAGGCUCCGCCUGCCUGCGGCCCUCCCCCUCCCCACUGCCACUCGUACCUCCCUAAAAAUAACUCGGGCCUGCUGGGACCAGGAGGAGCCGCCACUGUCCCCCGAGUGGAGCCGGGGGAGGCGUGUCGAGCCAGGGCCCGGAGGGAGCCGACCGAGCGGCGAGGAGGAAGAGGAGGAGGAGGAAGGGGAGCGCCCCACGGCCGAGCGCGCCGCAGGCUCGGGGCCGCAGGGACACUCUCCGCCGCGGGCGCCGGUCGCGCCUGUCCUGCGCUCCGUGCCGCCGGGCCCCGCCGCGCCCCCCCCCCCCGCGGGCCCCGCUCCGCCGCCGCCGCGCGGUUUGGCUUAUUAGCCUCGGGCGGGCGGAGCGCGCAGGGCGGAGGCAGCGGCUGCUCCGGGCUGGGAGGAGGCCGGCGAGGGUGCGGAGCGGCCCCGGCCCGGCCCGCGCGGGGAGAUGGCGUCCUACGUGGAUAACAGCUUCCGCCAAGCGGUGAUGAAGAACCCCGCCGAGAGGACCCCCCAGGAUCUGGAAAUAGUGUACUCCUAUUUACAUGGUAUGGAAGCCUUGUCAAACUUGAGAGAGCAUCAACUUAGGUUAAUGUGUGAAACUGUGAGAUACGAAAGACACGAAGCAAAUGAAGUUUUAUACUAUCCUGAUGAUAUUGGGACCUGCUGGUAUAUCCUUCUCUCUGGUUCCGUGUUCAUUAAGGAAUCCAUGUUUCUUCCAAGAAGCAGUUUUGGCAAACGUUCUGCAGGAAGCUUUAGGCGUGGCUGUGAAUGCAUUGUUUUAGAGCCUUCUGAAAUGAUUGUGGUAGACUAUAUGGAUGAAAAUGAAGAAUAUUUUCAGCGUCAAGCUUCCCAUAGACAGUCUCGAAGGAGAUUUAGAAAAAUCAACCAGAAAGGUGAAAGACAAACAAUUAUUGACACUGUGGAUCCUUACCCUGUGGGCAAACCACCUUUGCCUAGGGGCUAUCAUACGGAAUGCACUAAAUCUCAGCUUCCUGCAGAUUUCACAAAACUACACCUUACUGACAGUCUCCACCCACAGGUGACCCACGUUUCUUCUAGCCAUUCAGGAUGUAGUAUCACUAGUGAUUCUGGAAGCAGCAGUCUUUCUGAUAUCUACCAGGCCACAGAAAGUGAGGCUGGUGAUAUGGACCUGAGUGGGUUGCCAGAAACGGCAGUGGAUUCCGAGGACGAUGACGACGAAGAAGAUAUUGAGAGGGCGUCAGAUCCUCUGAUGAGUAGGGACAUUGUGAGAGACUGCCUGGAGAAGGACCCAAUUGACCGGACAGAUGAUGAUAUUGAGCAACUCUUGGAAUUUAUGCACCAGUUGCCUGCUUUUGCCAAUAUGACAAUGUCGGUGAGACGAGAACUCUGUGCUGUGAUGGUGUUUGCGGUCGUGGAAAGAGCAGGAACCAUAGUUUUGAAUGAUGGUGAAGAGCUGGACUCCUGGUCAGUGAUUCUCAAUGGUUCUGUGGAAGUGACUUAUCCAGAUGGAAAAGCAGAAAUAUUAUGUAUGGGAAAUAGUUUUGGUGUCUCUCCUACCAUGGACAAAGAAUACAUGAAAGGAGUAAUGAGAACAAAGGUGGAUGACUGCCAGUUCGUCUGCAUAGCCCAGCAAGAUUAUUGCCGUAUUCUCAACCAAGUGGAAAAGAACAUGCAAAAAGUUGAAGAGGAAGGAGAGAUUGUUAUGGUGAAAGAACACCGAGAACUUGAUCGAACUGGAACAAGAAAGGGACACAUUGUCAUCAAGGGCACCUCAGAAAGGUUAACGAUGCAUUUGGUGGAAGAGCAUUCAGUAGUAGAUCCAACAUUCAUAGAAGACUUCCUGCUGACCUACAGGACUUUUCUUUCUAGCCCAAUGGAAGUGGGCAAAAAGUUGUUGGAGUGGUUUAAUGACCCGAGCCUCAGGGAUAAGGUUACACGGGUAGUAUUAUUGUGGGUGAAUAAUCACUUCAAUGACUUUGAAGGAGACCCUGCAAUGACUCGAUUUUUAGAAGAAUUUGAAAAUAACCUGGAAAGAGAGAAAAUGGGUGGACAUCUAAGGCUGUUAAAUAUUGCGUGCGCAGCUAAAGCAAAAAGAAGAUUGAUGACAUUAACAAAACCAUCCCGAGAAUCUCCUUUGCCUUUUAUCUUACUAGGAGGCUCUGAGAAGGGAUUUGGAAUCUUUGUUGACAGUGUAGAUUCAGGUAGCAAAGCAAGUGAAGCAGGCUUGAAACGUGGAGAUCAGAUACUAGAAGUAAAUGGUCAAAACUUUGAAAAUAUUCAGCUGUCAAAAGCUAUGGAGAUUCUUAGAAAUAACACACAUUUAUCUAUCACUGUGAAAACCAAUUUAUUUGUAUUUAAGGAACUUCUAACAAGACUGUCAGAAGAGAAAAGAAAUGGUGCCCCUCACCUUCCUAAAAUUGGUGACAUCAAAAAGGCCAGCCGCUACUCCAUUCCAGAUCUUGCUGUAGAUGUGGAACAGGUGAUAGGACUUGAAAAAGUGAAUAAGAAAAGUAAAGCCAACACCGUUGGAGGAAGGAACAAGCUAAAAAAGAUACUCGACAAGACUCGGAUCAGUAUCUUACCACAGAAACCAUAUAAUGAUAUUGGGAUUGGUCAGUCUCAAGAUGACAGCAUAGUAGGAUUAAGGCAGACAAAGCACAUCCCAACUGCACUGCCUGUCAGUGGGACCUUAUCAUCCAGUAAUCCUGAUUUAUUGCAGUCACAUCAUCGCAUUUUAGAUUUUAGUGCUACUCCCGACUUGCCAGAUCAAGUACUAAGGGUUUUUAAGGCUGACCAGCAGAGCCGAUACAUCAUGAUCAGUAAGGACACUACAGCGAAGGAGGUGGUCAUGCAGGCUAUCAGGGAGUUUGCCGUUACUGCUACCCCGGACCAAUAUUCGCUAUGUGAGGUCUCUGUCACACCCGAGGGAGUAAUCAAACAGAGAAGACUUCCAGAUCAGCUUUCCAAACUUGCUGAUAGAAUACAACUGAGUGGAAGGUAUUAUCUGAAAAACAACAUGGAAACAGAAACACUCUGUUCGGACGAAGAUGCCCAGGAGCUAUUGAGAGAGAGCCAGAUUUCCCUACUUCAGCUCAGCACGGUUGAAGUGGCCACGCAGCUCUCUAUGCGCAAUUUUGAACUGUUCCGCAACAUUGAACCUACUGAAUACAUAGAUGAUUUAUUUAAACUCCAAUCAAAGACCGGCUGUGCCAACCUGAAGAAAUUUGAAGAAGUCAUUAACCAGGAAACAUUCUGGGUAGCAUCUGAAAUUCUGAGAGAGACAAACCAGCUGAAGCGGAUGAAGAUCAUUAAGCAUUUCAUCAAGAUAGCACUGCACUGUAGGGAGUGCAAGAAUUUUAACUCAAUGUUUGCAAUCAUCAGUGGUCUAAACCUGGCACCAGUGGCAAGACUGCGAACGACCUGGGAAAAACUUCCCAAUAAAUACGAAAAGCUAUUUCAAGAUCUCCAAGACCUAUUUGAUCCCUCCAGAAACAUGGCAAAGUAUCGCAAUGUCCUCAAUAGUCAAAACCUACAACCCCCCAUAAUCCCUCUCUUCCCAGUUAUCAAGAAAGAUCUCACAUUCCUUCACGAAGGAAAUGACUCAAAAGUAGACGGGCUGGUUAACUUUGAGAAGCUAAGGAUGAUUGCAAAAGAAAUUCGUCAUGUGGGCCGAAUGGCUUCAGUUAACAUGGACCCGGCCCUCAUGUUCAGGACUCGGAAGAAGAAAUGGCGGAGUUUGGGGUCUCUCAGCCAGGGUAGUACUAAUGCAACAGUACUAGAUGUUGCUCAGACAGGUGGCCAUAAAAAGCGAGUACGUCGUAGUUCCUUUCUCAAUGCCAAAAAGCUUUAUGAAGAUGCCCAAAUGGCUCGAAAAGUGAAGCAGUACCUGUCCAAUUUGGAGCUAGAAAUGGAUGAGGAGAGUCUUCAGACAUUAUCGCUACAGUGUGAGCCAGCAACCAACACAUUGCCUAAGAAUCCUGGUGACAAAAAGCCUGGCAAAUCCGAGACCUCCCCAGUGGCUCCAAGGGCAGGGUCACAGCAGAAAGCACAACCCCAGCCACAGCCCCAGCAGCCGCCGCCACCACAUAAAGUCAGCCAGGGACUGCAGGUUCCUGCCGUGUCCCUUUACCCUUCGCGGAAGAAAGUCCCCGUAAAGGAUCUUCCACCUUUUGGCAUAAACUCUCCACAAGCUUUAAAGAAAAUUCUUUCUUUGUCUGAAGAGGGAAGUUUGGAACGUCACAGGAAACAAGCUGAAGACACGGUAUCAAACGCAUCAUCGCAGCUUUCUUCUCCACCCACCUCUCCACAGAGUUCUCCAAGGAAAGGUGGCAGUGGCAAUCAGCUGAGAUCUUUUGGCUCCGGGCAGUUGGACUUAACCAGUUCCUCCUCUUCUCUUGGAAGCUAUACUUUGGCUCCCAGUGGUACUGUGGAUAAUUUUUCAGAUUCUGGUCACAGCGAAAUUUCUUCACGAUCCAGUAUUGUCAGCAAUUCUUCUUUUGACUCAGUGCCGGUGUCGCUGCAUGAUGAGAGGCGCCAGAGGCAUUCUGUCAGCAUCGUGGAAACAAACCUGGGUGUGGGCAGGAUGGAGAGGCGGACCUUGAUUGAGCCGGAUCAGUACAGCUUAGGGUCCUAUGCACCGAUGUCGGAGAGUCGAGGCUUAUAUGCUACAGCUACAGUAAUUUCUUCUCCAAGCACAGAGGAACUUUCCCAAGAUCAGGGGGAUCGUGCUUCACUCGAUGCUGCCGACAGCGGCCGUGGGAGCUGGACGUCAUGCUCCAGUGGUUCCCAUGAUAACAUACAGACCAUCCAGCACCAGAGAAGCUGGGAGACGCUCCCGUUUGGGCACACUCACUUCGAUUAUUCAGGGGAUCCUGCAGGUUUUUGGGCCUCAAGCAGCCAUAUGGACCAAAUCAUGUUUUCUGAUCAUAGCACAAAGCAUAACAGGCAAAAUCAAAGCAGAGAGAGUCUUGAACAAGCCCAAUCCCGGGCAAGCUGGGCAUCUUCCACGGGUUACUGGGGAGAAGACUCAGAAGGUGACACAGGCACAAUAAAGCGGAGGGGUGGGAAGGACGUUUCCAUUGAAGCUGAAAGCAGUAGCAUAACAUCUGUGACCACUGAAGAAACCAAACCUGUUCCCAUGCCUGCCCACAUAGCUGUGGCAUCGAGUACUACAAAGGGGCUUAUUGCACGAAAGGAGGGCAGGUAUCGAGAGCCCCCGCCCACCCCGCCGGGCUACGUUGGAAUUCCCAUCGCUGACUUUCCAGAAGGGCAUUCUCAUCCAGCCAGGAAACCUCCGGACUACAACGUGGCGCUUCAGAGGUCUCGGAUGAUGGCCAGACCCUCCGACGCAGCUGGGCCUUCGCCCGCACAGCCGCCACACGGGCACCCGCCGAGCAGCAGGCCUGUGAACAAACCUCAGUGGCACAGACCCAACGAGUCCGACCCUCGCCUCGCCCCCUACCAGUCCCAAGGGUUUUCCACGGAGGAGGACGAAGAUGAACAAGUAUCUGCUGUUUAAGGCACAGGUGAGCCACCUACAAGGAGAGCACAAGAAGACGUCCCUAUCAUCGGAGCCUUGGAACUCACAUUCUGAGGAUGGUGGACCAGUUUGCCUCCUUCCCUGCCUUAAAAGCAGCAUGGGGCUUCUCCCCUUCUUCCCUUCCCCUUUGCAUGUGAAAUACUGUGAAGAAAUUGCCCUGGCACUUUUCAGACUUUGUUGCUUGAAAUGCACAGUGCAGCAAUCUUCAAGCUCCCGCUGUUGCUGCCUGCCACAUCACACAGUAUCAUUCCAAAUUCCAAGAUCAUCACGACGAGAUGAUUCACUCUGGCUGCACUUCUCGAUGCCUGGAAGGAUUUUUAAAAAUCUUCCUUUUAGAUUUCAAUCCAGUCCUAGCACUUGGUCUCAUUGGGAUAAUGAGAAAAGCUAGCCAUUGAACUACUUGGGGCCUUUAACCCAUCAAGGAAGACAAAGAAAAACAAUGAAAUCCUUUGAGCACAGUGCUUGUCCACUUGUUUACAAUGUCCUCCUUUUUUAAAAAAAAAAAUGAGUUUAAAGAUUAUGUUUAGAGAGUAAAUGUUUUAUCCAUUUAAUGAUUACAGUAUUAUUUUGAACCUUAACUAGGGUUGCCAGCCUGGUUUCUAAAAAACCAAAUAUGCCGGACAGGGUGUGGCCGCACCAAGAAGAGGGGAAGACCUGGCUUGUGACCCUGUCUUCCCACAUCCUUCUGGCCUCACCCAUGAAGUGCCCUAUCCUGGAAGUAUAAAAUGUUAGCCAAUUACUCGAAUACCAAGACACCUCAUCUGCUCCUUCCCCAGCGGGUGGGGUUCUUCUGUAAAACUGUUUGCACAUGGCCAGGGGAGGGAAAUAGGACUCUCAUGUCCUGUCUGAGCCUUAUGGAGGCAGGACAGUGUCAUUUGAAGGGCGUGUCCUACUCCAUCGAGAUGGAUGGCAAACCCAUUUUUAAGUUAUGUUUCUUUGAUUUUUGUUACUUUAGAGUUUUAGUUUUUUUUUUUUUGUUUUUUUUUUUUAAGAAACAUUUAUAACUGGACAGCAUUGCAGUGAAAGCAGCUUGGGAUGUUGGAGCUAAUGCCAGCUGUUUAUACUGCUCUUUCAAGACAGCCUCCCUUUAUUGAAUUGGCAUUAGGGAAUAAACAAGCCUUUAAACGUGAUAAAAGAUCAAAAACCUAGCUAGAUAUGCCAGCCUUUGCAAGGCAGGUUAGUCACCAAAGACUAACCGCCAAGUGGCUUUAUGGACGCUGACUAUAGAGAAGGCCUAAGUGUAGCAACCAUCUGCUCACAGCUGCUAUUAACCCUAUAUUGACUGAAAAUGACCCCUCCGCUCUAUUUUUGUGUUGUUUUUGCACAGACUCCGGAAAAGUGAAGGCUGCCAAUCCGAGUAGUACUCAAAUGUGAGGAACUGCUGGUCUUGGAUUUUUUUUUCCAUUAAAGUCAGCUGAUCAUAUUGAUCAGUAGAUAAACGUAAAUAGCUUCAAAUUUUAAAAGUGGAAUUGCAGUGUUUUUUCACUGUAUCAAACAAUGUCAGUGCUUUAUUUAAUAAUUCUCUUCUGUACCAUGGCAUUUGUCUACUUGCUUAUAUAUUACAUUGUCAAUUAUGCAUUUGUAAUUUUACAUGUAAUAUGCAUUAUUUGCCAGUUUUAUUAUAUAGGCUAUGGACCUCAUGUGCAUAUAGAAAGACAGAAAUCUAGCUCUACCACAAGUUGCACAAAUGUUACCUAAGCAUUAAGUAAUUGUAGAACAUAGGACUGCUAAUCUCAGUUCGCUCUGUGAUGUCAAGUGCAGAAUGUACAAUUAACUGGUGAUUUCCUCAUACUUUUGAUACUACUUGUACCUGUAUGUCUUUUAGAAAGACAUUGGUGGAGUCUGUAUCCCUUUUGUAUUUUUAAUACAAUAAUUGUACAUAUUGGUUAUAUUUUUGUUGAAGAUGGUAGAAAUGUACUAUGUUUAUGCUUCUACAUCCAGUUUGUACAAGCUGGAAAAUAAAUAAAUAUAACAUAAA